AUUGUUUGGCAGAACACUAGACUACUCAUUCAGCCUAUUAGAACUCAGACCAGUAUAGUAUACAAAAGUCCAGGUGGGGGUCACGAGUGUGAUUUGAAAAUAAGGAAAAUAUUAGGUUAAAGAGGUUAAAUACUGCCCAUAAAUAGGAAUAAAAAGAAAUAAUCUGCAGAAAGCCGUCAAAGUUUGGUUGACAUCAUAAAUAUCAGUGUCAAAAUGUAAAUUUUAUUGUUGAUUGUUAUGGUUUGAUAAAAUAUCUCUUUUUAUACCUAAUUAAUCCUCAUAAAGUGUCAAAUGUUGUGUAUUUUCUCUUGCUUCAAGGAACAGCUUAUGCAUGGCUACUCCCUAAAGUACCUUAUGAAUACUGACAAGAACAUGAAUGCUGACAAUAUUUGGUGCCACCAUGGAUACUGAGAGCAGCGCGGUUAUUGACCAGAUUUUGAAUAAACAUGUAAAAAGUCCUCGAAGCCGCGACGCGGAGGGCUCCCGCGUGCAAUUGCGCGCGCUGCUGGUGGCGCUGCUGGGGGUGUCCAUGUCGGCCUGCGCGCUCGCGUCGCAGCCAGUCGAGCUGGAGCUGGAUGAUGACGACGUGGCGCAGAAACUCGGCAAUGUCAGCUUUGCCAGGAGGUUGACGAAGCCGACGAUCCGGUUCAUCAUGGGCUACGGCAAGCUGAGCGCCUUCGCCACCGCCGCCACGUCGCUGCUGCUGCUAGUCGCCGUCAUGUCCAAGCAGUCGUGGUGCCGCCGCGGGGCGCGGUGGCUGGCGGCGCCUGCGCUCCUGGUGGCUGCCCUGGAGGCGACCUCGGACGCUGGCGAUGCGCUGCUGGCUGCCGCCCUGCGAGGCGCCGGCUGCCCCGCGCGCGCCGCGCUCCAGACCGCGGCCGCGGCAGUCAUGAUCACCGUUGAGAUCCUCGUGUGGUAUUUUAUAGCGAAGUUCUUUGAGUACAGCCCUCCGACUGACGGUGAUGACUCGGACAAGGAAGACUGCAAGACUCUGCCUCUCGCUGAAAAUUAGAAGUGAUUUUGAUAAUUAUGACUUCAGUGGUUUCUGGUGAAAGGAUAUAAAAGCAAGCUCGGAUUCUCCUGGUUCCUUCUACAGACAGAAAAUCUAUAAAAUAAUAAAUUUUAGGCUAUACAAUGAAUUAAAUUUAAUUGUGGUUUCAUCUCCUUGAACUCAAUAAAAUGCAGAAAAUACAA